AUGUCAUUGGCUUGUUUCCUUUUUGAUUUCCAAGUGGCGGAGGAUGUUGACUUGGACUCGGAUGAUCCCACCCCCUGCCAUGUGCCUUUGAGAGGGACGAGGGCUGAGUCGUUCAAAGGCAAAGGAAUCGAUCUCGGCGGUAAAGAGUUUUCAGUGGAUGACUCCGUACUUCCUGGAUGGGAUCCAAAUCUCGCUUUUGGCGACGGUAGUGGUUUGAGUGAUUUGCCUCUGCUUCACUUUGAUCG